UAUUCUUCCAGUGUUAAACUUUUAACUCAACAUGCAGUGUAUUUCCCACAAUUCCAUACGACUCAUUUCAGUUGGAAAAUGUAUUAGGGAGAUCCCGGUAGCUCCCGGUUCAAUGGUAAGUUUCAAUCAUUUUUUUUAACGAAUUGUGUGAUUGAAAAGAGAAUAAAUUAUCUAUAUUAUAUUUAGCGAAUCGUUUCAAGUUUUUGCUAUUUGUCGGCACGUUUCUGAGCCAGUUCAUUUAAGCAUGUGUAACAGCUUAUGUGUAUGGCACGUGUAUUGGCUUUAAAUAUAAAAUUAUUUGUAUAUAUGUAAUCGUAUUUUUAAUAAACCAUAAAAUAUAUAUUGCUAUAUCAGGGAUGUAUUAGAUAAUAUUGCACAUGGGCUGCAAAUGUAUGCGAAAGAUCGUUAGAUUAGUUAAUCUAAUCGGUUCAUGAUUAAUGACUGUAUGUUUGGCAAACCAGUAUUUUCAAUAGAUACAGUUUUAAUCGUCUUUAAUCGUAAAGUUUUAUAAAUGUAUUUUAAGAAAUUGAUUCGAGGUUCUCACUGCACCUGACCUGCGCGGGGUUUCCCGCCCUCAGUCUUGACUCGCCCUCUCACGAGGCGCGCCUAUUUUGAGAAUGGCCGUCGUUAGCACAGAGCUCUUCCAUAAAGUUUUUUAAUGGAUUUCAAUUAACUCGAAUUAAUUGUUUUUUUUUUUUUUCUGUUUUGUGAGCGUACUGAAUGAACUGCAGCUUCUGCAUCAAAGGGUAAUCAAACAAAAACUUUGUUUGUUACUCCAGCAAAAAUGCUCUUCAAAGUCAUAUGGAGGAAAACAGACAGAGCCGAUUACAACGGCUUAAUUAAAGAAGAAUGCCCAGUCCUCGAUUCUUCUUGUAGCUCCCACCCUGACACACUAUCAAUGUCCUCUGAGACUGAUGAAGGUGCUGGACCAAGCUCCAAGAAACCUCGUUUUGAUGAAGCUUUUGAGGCAAAACAGGUGAUUGUUAAAAUUUUUAAUUAACUAGCCAAAUCAUUUAGCAGUUAUUUACAUUUUUAUAUAAUAAGAGCUUUAUAGCACUUUAAAAAUAUUACAAUAUUUUUCUAUAUGUAUAUAUUAUAGUUUGUCAAUAGAAUUUUGGAGGACAAGGCAGGUGGACACGUGAUUUUGGCUUAAUAUAAAGAACAUGGGGAAACUCACGGACUCAACGCGGCGACUCUUGGUCAAUAUUGUAGUUGCAUACAUAACUGAUAAAGAAGGCCGUGUCCCUUCCAAAGAAACCAAAACCCGCUGUGCCUUGGGAAUUGUAACACUCUUUCCAGCACUCAAGGAUCCAUACUCAAAAACUGGAUAUGAACAUUUCUAUGAUCCCAAGAGCAAUCAAGGAUACACAUCCUGGCGACUAAAAACAGUUUCACGUCAAAGCAAACCUCACAGCACAAGGAAUGCCAGGUCAAGUGCAACAUCUGAUGAUGAGGGCAGUGGAGGACCAACAGCUCACUUGGAAAAGCAGCUGGAGGGUGACCAGUGCAAGGAAGCUAUAUCUUUUAUGAAUCAUUGUACUGAAAAGGACCAGAUUUUUGAGAAGAUGAAAUUAACGUUCAAGCACAGGCAGCAGCUUAUUCAUGAUGCCAUCAAGUCCAAUACAGUGUUUUCGGUUUUUCCAAGAUUUCUCGACACUAAAGGAUUGGUACUUCAAGACUUUGACAUCAAAUUUGGAACUGAAACGGCUUCCAGACUUCUAGAACAAUGGGACAGUCUAAAGCCCAAGGUCAUUGCAGAGGCGAAAACACUUACUUCAACUUGCAUCUCAACAGCCUGCUUGCAGCUGCUCAGGCCAAUGGACAAAACCAGGAAUAUGAAUGGCAAGGGUGGGACAGUGACAUGUCCUCUCUUUUACUCUUGGCUUUCCUUUUGCCACCUUCAGCUGGUGGUAGAAACAAAUCCACAAAGAUCAGCAUCAGGGAGGCAAUGGACUAUAUUGUGCAGUUUCACAAGUCUUGCCGCAGUCUAACUGAACAUGUUGAGAAGACUGAAGGCCUUCAGCCACAUCUCCUUGCAGUUGGCUCAGCGAAGAACACCAUCCAUGAUUUCUACAUUGUGCUUGAUGGACAACUCCUACCAUGUCAGGCAAAGUCUUCCCUUGCUGCUUUUGACGAGCUUUUUAAGACAUAUUUUUUCUUUAGCGUAUCAUACCCCCAGUGCCUAAAUGCGAUGUUUACAUUCAUUCAGACAACGAUCUACAAGAUUGGCUUUGGGACAGUUCGUGAAACCCCUAGGGUUAAGGACUUAAGAGCCAAACUUCUGAAUUAGCUUAACUGUCUAGGAUUAAAAUGUUCCGCUGUUUUGUUUGCAAAGUGGUACAUUCAACUGUAAAUGACCUCGUUCGUCAUUUGAAACUUAUCCAUGCUUACUAUCCUGGGAAAAAAUUGAAUUUGAAAUGUGCACAAAAUGAUUGUAAAUAUAGCUUCAUGACUUAUGCCGGAUUUCGAAAAUACUUCAGUGUUCAUAGAAAUGACUUUCUAGACCAAACAGAGACUGAAAAUCAAAUUCAUGGAGAUAAUGAACUGUCACAUUUAAAUGAUGUCAGUUGAACCGAUACUUGACUUCUUAUUGCUUUUCGGUAUGUUCAAGCUUAGUGUAUGAAAGAAAGUUUAAAGGAUUAGUCCACUUUUAAGUACACUUUUCCUGAUAAAUUUACUCACCCCCAUGUCAUCCAAG